AUGCUGCUGAGAAGCUGCUUUAAUGUGAACUAUGUUCUCCUGUGCAUCUCUCCUCCCUGGAUCAAGCUCUCCUGCCACUUUACCUUCAGGACAGAGGUUGGAGGUCAAAUGGAUGCCGGAUCAAUACUUCUCAGCGUUUCUCUAUUAAAUCAAACUUGUACUAAAUAACAAUGCGCUACUUUCUCUAGAUGGUGAAUUGUUUUAUUUCAACUAAAGGUCUGGAUGACAUUGUCACAUGGUUUCAGUUAAUUAAUACCCUAAUGAGGAGGGACAUGUCGUUUUUUCCGUCUGUCUGUUCCAUUGCUAAUGUUGCUGUGUCUGUCUGUAGGGCCCAUACCUGUAGGUGAUGCAGCGAUGAGCCAGCGCAGGGUGUCUGUGAAGGAGCUAGGUCAGGUGGGCUGCCAGGGCUGGCUCUACAGGAAGAAGGAGAGCAAGGGCUUCCUGGGAACCAAAUGGAAGAAGUACUGGUUUGUUCUGAAGAAGACCUCCCUUUACUGGUAUACCUGUCAGAUAGUGAGUUGUGUUGGGGCUGAGUCAGUAAACAUUUUAUUAGCUAAAUCUCAGAAUGCUUUAGUUAAGGGGAUACAGAAAUGUAUGCUCGUAUUGACCGUCAUGGCAGACACCAGCAAAAUAAUUGGAUGAGAAUGGCUUGUGUAGUAUUCAAGGCUUAAAACAGUAAUGUGUGCUACUCUCCCAGGCAAUGUUUAUCCAACCAAGCAUUCACUUGUCUUGUCACAACAUAUAAUCCUUAUGCAUGUUAUUUUUGUUUCUCUCUGUCACUUCUUGGUCUGUAAACUGAGAAAGCAGAAGGAUACAUCAACAUCUCAGACUUCACUGUCAACCAAGCAACAGAGUCAGCUGAAAGCUUCCCCCUUGAACAGCACACUUCCCCGGUUGCAGGGAAUUGCUGGGCUUUUGCACACGUCAAAAUUAAAUGUAGUCUUUUGUACAGUAAGUUUCCCUUGCUGUCCAAUAUCUGUCCAGUAUCUUUCAAACGGUGGUGUGUAUUAUCACACUUGGCCUGUAUUAUCUUGUUUCCUCUGUGUAAGUUGUCGUUGCUUUGAUCUAAAGAUAUGCAUGCAUAACGCAUUCAAUAACUGCUGGUCUGCUGUUGACCCCAUUUUGUGGUUUCACUAUCGUUUCACUAAGGUUUUAGUUAAAACACUUGGCAUACCACUCAAAACACAUGACAUAGUAUUUGUUGAUCUGACAGCCAUUUUUGAGUCGUACCUGGCCUGUUCCAGUGCUAUGAAGGCCAGCCAUCCACAGGUUGUGACGCUUUACUUUGCCACUGAGAGUCUGAAGGAGAUAAACAAGUGAGUGUAAAAGAGAUGGAGAGAGAAGAAAGGAGGGAAGUGGAUGCAGGCCGGGAGGUUGUAGCCUACUUGUGCUAUGCUGAGGUCAAAGGCAUACUUACUGGGACAGGAUGUGGGCAGAUACUGUGAAAAUAGAGCUGGAUUUGUGUGAACACUAUGGUUCUUCUGUUCACAUGGUGUGAAGGUUGCAUGUUAUUGUAUGUUCUCUUAGUUAAACUUGGUCUCAUGGGGCCAUAUUAAAAUGUCCAUUAGUUAGCCAUCAUGAUCUGGAAGCUAUUUGAGGAAGCAUGUGCAAAGAGACCGUUUGUACUACUAAGUACAUAAAACAUUGGACGUAUCGGUUAGGUAUUAGGGUUUUUAAGGCAUGGCUUCUCCAUGUUACAGAUGGCUGUCUAAACUGUCCACGGCAGCUCCUGCUACACUGAAUGAGUUGUCAGAGAAGAACACCGGAGGUAUUAGUCUCUCAAGGGAUUACAUGGAUCUUUCAUUACAUUUUCGAAGGAUUUUCCCCAGUGUUAUUGAUGAGGAUAGACAGAAAUGAGCUGGGAUACGGAGGGAACAUAGUGUGACGACUGGUGAGGCUGGGGAUCGCAUAUGUGCUGAGGGCGAUGGCCUUAACCGCUCGACCAACCUCGGGCGUUACAUGGAUUUUUCUAACAAAUUACUCUCCAUAAUUUGUGUGGGUGGGUGGGUGGGUGGGUGGCUAGAGUGCUUCAGUGAGGCAAGUGACCAAGAAGAGGUUGUCAUUGGAGACAAUCUGCCCCUUUUUACUCUGAGCAGCUGACCAAAAACUCUGUUAAUGUGGGUGCUCUUUGCCCCAUUCAACUACUUUGUUGACACAUGCUGAGUUGUAAGCAUUGAUGCUAAUGUUUGCUAGUUGGAGUGUGAUAUCUUUACACAAUAAGUAGACUCAGACUCCAUGUCUGCUGUUUUAGAUGAAACAAUGAGAGCCUCAUGUUAACCCAGUGUGAAUGUUGUUUUGACUCUAGUAUUUCUGCUCAAUUUAUACCCACCCAGGGAUGUGUAUCCCUGCCUCGCUCCACCUCGUCCCCCUGUCACUCCACUGUCCCUGUGUCUGCCCCUACCAGCAUUAUGACACCAGAGAGCAUUGAGUCCAACUGGCUGGAUGUCCCUUCUCCAGAGAGGGCAGUGGGACAGGGUCCUCCCCUCAGACUGGAAGAGGAGGAUGGUUCGGGGGCCGAGGCCCAGGGUGGAAAGGAGGGUGAGCUGUGUUAGCUUUUCUGUAUCGACACCCCACAUCAUCCUCUGACUAUCCCGGAUUGACACACAAGAUGGUGUAGCAGCCUAGUUAACACCCACACAUCUAAACUGAGUGUUCUUAUGAAAUUAUAAUAGAGUUGAUAAACUUAUUUUGAAUGAUAACAAAUGUAAAUGAUAGCAUAUUUCAAUGCCAGAUCUUUGAUAUAUUAUUGUUAUGAUUUUUAGAGGCACAUCUGAUGAGAUGGAGGCACUGUCCAUCAAUCUAAAGCAGGCCAGACUAUCUCCAACUGGAGAACUGAAGAGGGAUGUCAGAGGGUCAUUAAUUUGAUGCUGCAGAAAUGACAAAAUCAACGAGAAGCUGCAUCUGGUCAGGACCCUCAACAGCACUUUAAAGGUGAGUCCACCCUUAUAUGAUGAUGUCACUAUAUAACAGGGUCAUGUUCACUAAGGCAUUCCAUAGCAAAACAUUUUGCAAUUGAAAACGUAAAGAAGUGUUUCUCAUUGAACAAGUUCAGGUAGUAGCUCCCCGUUUCACUCGUUUUCAGCGCGUUUUCUUCCUACUGGGCACAACCCUGAUCAGUUGUGUAAUUUGUCAAUCACAAACUAAAAAUAUACAAAGUUGAGUCUGCUUAUGUUAUUAAUUUUGUUCAUUUGCAGGUGCAUGUUAUUAACAUGCACCUGCAAAUGAAUUCCUGUUAAAAGUUGAGCUUGCCUGAAUUUUCAACUCUGUAGUUGUCACCUGUGGUAUCUGUUUCAUAAGCAAAAGAAGCUGACCUGUUGGCUAUAGAACAAGUGCUGGCAGAUCCCAUGCUCACUGCACAGAGUUAUCUUCAGUGGAGGGUUGGCAACGUGUUGCUACUGCAGGAGAUCAAUCACCACAAGAAAGGACCACCAAGUGGCAGCAGAGAGCUGUCUUUCCCUCUCAGAGCUCCACGGACCCCCAGCAUCGCUGAAACCAGCGUGGGACCUCCACAGAACAAUGGAGGCAUCAAGGUCCGUAUGUAUAAACGAGUAGGAGUGCCGAUCUAGGAUCAGUUUUGCCUUUUGGAUCAUAAUUAAUAUGAUUUUAUGGACUGGGGACCUGAUCCUAGAUCAGCAGCCCUACUCUAAGACGCUUUGUGAACACAGUCCAGGUGCUUUUGUUCAGGCAGGUGCAAAGAUUCAGUAGCUUAUUUAAAAGACAAACAUAUUGUUGAAGGUGACAUUUUAUUGAGGAUAUUCCAGAAAAUGUGCAGUGGGUAUUCCUAGGCUUUCUUGUAGAAAUGGUUAUAUAUGUUUUAAUAAAAUUAUAUGAUUUUAAGAAUUUGUUUUGCAGUGCAUAAUAGGGCAUAUUUAUUCAGUCUGAUAUUCAACUAACUCAGAAAUGAGUUUGCUAGAUAACAGGGUCCAUAAAGUACACAAUCCAUUGUUAUACUAUUUUUCCCCACUGUUUGUUACACUGAAAUGAGAGCAGUUUAGUCGAGGUACACACCUAUUUAUGUACACACCUAGUUUAAUUACUGUAGUGUAACAUCCCUGAGUCUAGAGUUGUAAAGGAAGCAUUGGCCUAAGGUAAUGUUAUUUAGACAAUAUACUAUCAUAAAGAAAUUACAGAAUUACCUUUAAUAUUUAGGACUGUAUAUAUAUUUUAUCGUAAUAGUUUUGUACAUUGUGUAUGGGUUUUGUUGAAGUAACUUGUACUGUUUACAUUUUGUAUCAAUCUAACAAGAAUAUGCAGUACAAAACAAAAGUCUGCGCUUUUGAAAUGAUGUAUUGACUUAUCUGUAGGCUAGAAUGGCUCCAAAUAGACCUGCUGGUAUUUCUAUACAGCAACAUUCACACACUGAAAUUAGUAUUAAAGCACGCCAUCUGCGGUGACCAUGAAAUGGUCUAUGUAUUGUAAAGAAACUGCAUAUAAAUGCAAAAAAACCCACAAAGUUCUGUGAAUUAAGUUGACAGAAAGUAGCCUCGAAGAUGCAGAUAUCUUAGCCAUCUGUUGCUGGCCCUUUGUGUCAAAGCACAAAGGAGACGACUUUGCUGGCUGCCCUCCCUGUCAACCUCACCGCUCUAACACCAACUUAUUUGAAUGAGAAUGAAUGAGGAAUGGGGGUGUAAUUUAGACUUUCUGCACUAGAAGUGUCAUGCCUGGUGGAGGGCCUGUCAAUCCCAGCCAGUCAAUCCUCGCUGUAGUCCUCGGGGUAGGUAGGGGGAACUAACAAUGCAACUUGAAGGUAAACCGAAUGUAAAUGUGUUUACCAGGAAAGCACCUAUGUUAUUCAUGGGUCUUAUCCUAUAUAACUCCCCCUCAGGGCUAACACACUAGAUAUUUAACUGGGGUCAGAUGGAAGGCAAGGCAACAGAGAGGGAAGCCUGCUGCAGUAGCGUUAUUGGAUGACUACCUAAUAUAUCACUGACAUGUGUUUAUUAUGUUUGACGGGGCUCUUUUCAAACGGACUACUGUAAAUUGGAGUGGUUGUGCUGUUCUUGGUAAUGUAUGCUUGCAUGAGCUAGAGUUGUGAAAUAAAUAGUGACGUUCUGAAGACAUGACACAAGAUAUCUAAAUGUACAAUAGAGAGUGAGACUUAAUAAACAUGGCAAAUAAUUUAAGUGCAAGUGUUUUCAACAAACAUGUUAGAAACACAAACCACGUUUCCAUCCACAAUUUGUACGCGUAAAGUCAUACCGUAUAAAAAAAAAUCAUGACAGCUGCGAGGGGAACGGAUCGUUUCAGUACAAUUGUAUAAACGCCCGACACAUCAUUUGUUCGUUUGACCUGGUGCGAUCUUUUUGUUGGUAAAAUUAAUUAUGCAAGAAAUGGUGGUGGAAACUCCUUUAUGCGCAAAUAUUGAUAUAAUAACCAUGAUAUCGAAAUAAACGUGGAUUCACACAAUGAUAUGGUGUGUGUGUGGUCCUCCCACUACGACUCUGGAAACCAUGGCUACAGAUGGCUACAGAUGAAAUAAAUUAUGAUGAACUUCACUUAUUCUGGUGACAUGAUGAUUGAUGCUUGACUGCCAUUUGACAAAUAAACAUAUUCUCGCUCUUAUCAAUAAUAAUCUCAUGUAGACUAGCCUACCACUACAGCCUACUGCACUGUAGGCCUAUCUGCAAGCUGCUGGCUAGAGCGCACCUGCCAAGACCAGAGUAGCCACAUUUGCUAUUGUUGGGGCCAGAGGAGUUAACACAGCCUAUUCAUAUCCAACUAUCGCACACUUUCUUACAACUGUAAAAUGCAGUGGAGGCUGGUGGGAGAAGCUAUAGGAGGAUGGGCUCAUUGUAAUGGCUGGAAUGGAAUCAAUGGAACGGUAACAAACAUAUGGAAAUGGUCUCAAAAUGAUUUAAUCAUGAGAGGAUUUGGGUGCAUGGCUGCCUGUUUCCAAAGCAUUUUUCUGCAUGAAUAGAUUUAGCAAUGUCCUGUGAAUCCCUGGGCUAUAUGCAUAUUUAGCAGACUCAGACCUUCUCCACUCAAGUGUACAGAGAGCAAUGUCAACAGCAACUUUAAUGUUGUUCCAUUCAUUAAUCUGUAUCUGAGGUGCUCGGUCACACACACACACACUGGUGGUGAUGGGGUAUACAGCAUACACUGGCACAUUAGAUUAGGUUAAAUUAACGACAUAUGGUUUAACAAUCCAAAUAAACAUUAUUCUAUAUCAUGGUUGACAAUCACAGCCGGAUAAAAUUCCUUUCCCUAGAGUUAUCGCAUUAUGUCAAUGUUAUUGGGCUUUUUGGAAUGAGUAAACAGCCUUGAACAAUAAAUGUAAUGAAAAUAAAAUGAUACACUGUGUGAGAGAGAUGUGGGCCCUAGUAAUCUACAUAACCAUGAUAAUGUGAGGAAAACAUCAGCUAUUUGUAUUGGCAUGUGUCCAUCCCGAAGAAUGUCCUAGGUUAACAUGAGGUUGGUACAAGAAAGGCUAUUUCUUAGUCGUUGUUUUUUUUUUUUUUUUUAGCAGACGCUCUUAUCCAGAGCGACUUACAGGAGCAAUUAGGGUUAAGUGCCUUGCUCAAGGGCACAUCGACAGAUUUUUCACCUAGUCAGCUCAGGGAUUAGAACCAGCGACCUUUCGGUUACUGGCACAACGCUCUUAACCACUAAGCUACCUGCCACUAAGCUACCUGCCGCCCUCUGUAGGUUAUGUUCAUGUAUGUAUUUUGGAAACAGAUUAAUCUCUUGACCUCUAUGUCCACAGUACCAUCACUGUGUGAAUUGAAGCUCGUAAUAAAGACUAUUCUCUAAAUUACCUAAAAUCAGGGCCCUAUUCACAAAGAGUCUCAGAAGUGUGGAUCUAUGAACAGAUGAUAUGGACAGGGGGGACCUGAUCCUGUGGAUCUAUGAACAGAUGAUAUGGACAGGGGGGACCUGAUCCUGUGGAUCUAUGAACAGAUGAUAUGGACAGGGGGGACCUGAUCCUGUGGAUCUAUGAACAGAUGAUAUGGACAGGGGGGACCUGAUCCUGUGGAUCUAUGAACAGAUGAUAUGGACAGGGGGGACCUGAUCCUGUGGAUCUAUGAACAGAUGAUAUGGACAGGGGGGACCUGAUCCUGUGGAUCUAUGAACAGAUGAUAUGGACAGGGGGGACCUGAUCCUGUGGAUCUAUGAACAGAUGAUAUGGACAGGGGGGACCUGAUCCUAGAUCACCACUCUUACUCUGAGAUGCUUUGUGAAUAUGGGCUCAGUUAGUCUUCUUUGAGUUGAUUCAGAAUCAGACUUGGAGUUGCUCAGAUGACAAUGCCACACAUUCCUAAGGAUGUCUGUGGUGUAGUCUUGUGCUCCGUGUAGGGUCAGACCAGCUAUUUUUCUCUCUCACUGCAAUCCGCAGUGAAGGAGCAACAAAGGGAUGGUUAAUUCUUAUGCUCUAGAUGCAUUGUUUACUACUUUGAACAACCUCAAAACAACAACAUUCCAGACAUCAUUUUGUCACAGGAAAUUUGAUUUUCUUGGAAGAUGAUUUGUCAGGCUGUGUUAUGAGUUUCGGCUUGCCACACAGAUACAGUAUGUUCAUCAUGAUAAAGUCAACAAUGACUAUAGGACGGUCUAGACACGCUCAUCCCAAAGGCCACAGCCUCACCCUUCCCUCUAGCUCAACCAACCAGUCUUGAAUGCAAAUGCAGAUAAUCACAUGCAAAUGUAUGAAAAACAUCCAUGAGGAAAAGCACUUCCCAAGAUCUGCCUAGCCGCCUGGGCUAAACUACAGUCAGUUUCCCCAGAGGGACCUCCUCAAUCUGUCCUCAUCCCAUCAGUCAAUAUCAGCAGUGAUGAUGUUUCUGCGUAAAUGGACACACAGAGUGCGUCCAAAUAGCACCCUAUUCCCUAUAUGGUGCACCAAAUUUGACCAAAGCCUAUGGGUGCACUACAUAGUGAAUAGGGUGCCAUUUGGGACGCAACCAUAGGAAUAUUAAUGUUGAUUGUUCCUAAAUGCUGACAGUGCUGCCGACGGGCAGUCCAGAUCCCCUGUGAGUCGAACAGGCUCCUCUCUCACUGGUUCUAUAUCUUUAUAUGAUUACAUUUUCUCAUCCUUUUUUGGGCCUUGUGUCUAAAUGCCCUGUGGCAAUGAUUACAUCGUAUGAGUGUUUGUCAUGCCAUUAAAACAAGGUUAUGGUGUUAGACAGUUAGAAGCUAUGCUCAGGUCUCUGUGGGGUACAGACAAUAAAAGCAAAGCCAGCUCCAAUGAUAGCUAGACUGUAUCAGGCCCUGUGGCUUACUUGGAAGCUAUGUACUGAAAUAUAAUACAUGUGGCUGUGUGUGUGGAUUUGAAAGCUUGAACAGAGAUGAGGGGACCUUCCCUUAGGCUGGAAAUGAUGACAUCCUUGACAAUGACAACCGUGUUGAAGGUCGAAAGACCAAAGCGGUGAACUGGAUCCAGCAAACACCAGAUAUAAGAUGUUUCAACUUGGGUGGUUUCUUUAAAACAAGGACUACAGGGACUGAUGAACCAAGUCACAGUAGAUAGUAACUGUAAAUUCUCUAUCCUUAGGGCUUUUAUAUUCUGUGCUGAGAUGGGAUCAGUGAGGAUAAGUAGCCCACUCAUGAGUGAACCAACCCCACUCUGACUGUGUCCCAAUUGGCACCCUAGUCCCUAUGGGCCCUGGUAAAAAGUAGUGCACUAUAUAGGGUGCCAUUUGGGAACGCAGUCUCUGUCUGGUUCCAUGCCCAGCCUGUCACCUCUCACCACCACUCACCUUUCCCCGGAGAACUCCACUGUAAAUGGGAAACGUGAGUCCAGGUUUACACCUACCCACAGGGUUUCAUUUCACAGCCUAGCCAGGUGAACAGAGCGGUUUGUGAGGACUGGAGGGGGGAGGCGGAGAGGAGAGGAGGCUGGCACGAUGUCAAGCAGGUAGCGAACAGAUAUAUGGAGUGUUGUUGUACCUAUGGGAAGAUAGACAUAGAAAAAUGCAUGAAACAAACAUGAAAACAUUCACUUAUACAGUACACUGCCAAUAAAAACAGCAUUACAAAUUCCAGCCCUCUGUUUUGAGUCGUCAAUCAUGGUUCCAUCUAUUCCCUCACUCCACUUGAUGGAAAAAAUCUCGUCCUUGAUUAGUGGAAAUCAAUGAAAUGACCGUUCAAAGUGUGUACCCAGAAUGGUUCUAGUUGCCGUCUUUGUGUGUGCAUUGUUGAAAGGGACUGUUGAGAGGAGCAAACCCUAAUUUAGAUCAGGCUUCUCUGGUUAGCAGAUUACAGAACAGUUCAUGACUUAAUUUGUGUUUACAAGGCUAGUGUGGAAUUCCCCUGCUUUUCUUAGCCAGGACCAACCCAAAUGAAUACAUCCCUAUGUAACACUUGAAUUGAUUUGGGAGCUCAGUUCUAGGGUCCACUUGACUUGGUCACACUUAACAUUACAGUGUCCUCAAAUCCUUAUUACUGUAUAAAGAAAUACAAUUAUUCAACUAUGACCAUUUAUGGGAACAGGGAUCCAUAAAGUCUCUAUUGUCUUGUAGAAGGAUGAAGAAUGAGGCAUAGCAUACGUGAAUUUGAGAAACUAUAUGUUGUCAAUGUUACAAUUCGUGUGAAAAUGCAUUACGUAAUGCCUUUUCUCUCUAGAUGAAUGACGAGAUGCGUCUGUCCGGUCAGAACGACGGGGGUGUGGUUUCCACCGAUACAGCUACUUGA